CGUCAAGAAAGAUCUCGAUUCCACAUCGUGUUUGACGGGAAAACGAAGCAACCUAUCAGUUGUGAAUUGCACGUGAAAUAACGAAAUUUUUUAAUUGUAAAAUUAAUCAAAAUGGCUUUACAUGUACCAAAAGCACCGGGCAUGGCCCAAAUGCUUAAAGAAGGAGCCCGUUAUUUCUCAGGUUUGGAAGAAGCAGUAUAUAGAAAUAUAACAGCAUGCAAACAAUUUGCACAAACUGUAAGAACCGCCUAUGGUCCAAAUGGCAUGAAUAAAAUGGUUAUCAAUCAUAUUGAAAAAUUAUUUGUCACUAAUGAUGCUGCAACAAUAAUUAAUGAGCUGGAAGUUGAACAUCCAGCUGCUAAAUUAAUAGUUUUAGCAUCAAAGAUGCAAGAAGCAGAAGUUGGCGAUGGUACAAAUUUUGUUAUAAUUUUUGCUGGAGCACUUUUGGAAGCAGCAGAAGAAUUACUUCGUCUGGGAAUUACCACUUCUGAAAUAAUUGAAGGAUAUGAAGCUUCUUUAGAAAAAGCAUUACAAAUAUUGCCAACAUUAAUUUGUUAUACAGUAAAUGAUUAUAAAGAUGAAAAACAAAUAAAAGCUGGAAUUAAAACAUCUAUUAUGAGUAAACAAUUUGGAAAUGAAGAUAUUCUUACUUCUCUUGUUACUAGAGCUUGUGUAUCCAUUUUGCCUGAAAAAACAACUUUUAAUGUAGAUAAUGUAAGAGUCUGUAAAAUACUUGGUAGUGGUAUAUCUAGCUCUGAAGUUGUCCAAGGAAUGGUAUUUAAACGGCACGUUGAAGGAGAUGUUACAAGAAAAGAUAAUGCUAAAAUUGCUGUCUAUACAUGUGCUGUAGAUAUCAUGCAAACUGAAACUAAAGGAACAGUGUUAAUAAAAACAGCAGACGAACUGAUGAAUUUUUCCAGAGGAGAGGAAUCUCUGUUAGAGUCUCAAAUAAAAGCAAUAGCUGAUAGCGGAGCUGAUGUCAUUGUUUCAGGAGGGAAAUUUGGUGAUAUGGCUUUACAUUAUAUGAAUAAAUAUAAUUUAAUGGCUGUUCGCAUACCUAGCAAGUUUGAUGUUAGAAGACUGUGCAAAACUGUUGGUGCUACUGCACUUCCAAGAUUGAUUCCACCAUCAAAAGAAGAAUUGGGAUAUUCAGAUUCAGUAUAUAUUGAUGAAGUAGGAGAUACAAUAGUAGUAAAAUUUGCAUUGCACGGUAAAGAUAGCCGUGUUAGUACUAUAAUCGUUCGAGGAUCCACUGAAAAUUACAUGGAUGAUAUUGAACGAGCUAUUGAUGAUGGAGUUAAUACAUUUAAAGGCAUAACAAAGGAUGGAAGAUUUGUUCCUGGAGCUGGUGCUACGGAAAUUGAACUAGCUACACAACUUGCUACAUAUGCAGAUGCAUUGCCUGGUUUAGAGCAAUAUGCAGUACGUCGAUUUGCAACUGCAUUGGAAGUAUUUCCAAAAACUUUGGCAGAAAAUAGUGGAAGUCAUGCCCCUGAACUUUUAUCAAAGCUUUAUGCUGCACAUAAAGAAGACAACAAGAAUUAUGGUUUCGUUAUUGACGAUAAAGGUGCAGCACUUAAUGACACAGCUGAAGCUGGAAUUAUAGACUUGUUUCUAACAAAACAAUGGAGUUUAAAAUAUGCUGUUGGUGUUGCAUGCACUGUACUUAAGGUUGAUCAAAUUAUUAUGGCAAAACGUGCUGGAGGACCAAAAGUACCAGGUGGUGGCGUCCGUGACGAUGACGAGUGAUAAUGUUAAAAAUUGCUUAAUGAUUCAUUACUUCUUGCGUUUAAUUUAUAUUAAGUCACAUUGGUUUCCAAUGCAUUUAACUUCAUGUUAAAUAAAGCAAAAUAUUUAUAAAAA